AUGUUUGAAGGGACAACCAUCAAGACAUCGGGAAAAAGUGGAGUUUGGGGCAAGAACCAAUUAAGGGGUGACAGGCCUAUAUGUCUCUGUACCCUCAUCAGUAAAGUUUUCACAUGUGUGGUGGCAUCUCGUUUGAGCCAGAUACUCUCGAAGUUAAUUUCUAGAGAACAAGCAGGGUUUGUGGAAGGCCGGAGUAUUCAAGACAACGUUCUCCUUGCGUUCGAGCUUCUACAGCAGAUUCAUAAAGAGUGUCGUGGCUCAAAUCUUAUAGUCAAACUUGAUAUGAUGAAGGCCUUUGACAGGGUAUCCUGGCCUUUUCUUAGAGCAGUGCUGAGCAAGCUUGGUUUCCCGGCUACGUUUGUCAAUAUUAUCAUGAACAAUUCGGGGGCGACGAGGCUGUCAGUUUUAGUAAAUGGUGUCAGUUGUGGUUUCUUCCAGCCAACUAGGGGUGUCAAGCAAGGCGAUCCGUUGUCUUCACCGGGCAGACGACUGACUCUCAUCAGACAUGUCUCAACUAUGAUUCCUUUAUUUACUGCAGCUUCAAUCCUCUUGCCAAGACAGACCGAGAAGGCCCUCGAGUCCAAGGAGGUUCUUUGUGGAGUGAGUUUAUGCACACCAGCUACCAAGUGGGCAAUGUUCGUGUGGCUACCUCGAUCAAGUGGAGAAGAAUGUAGCAGUUCAAUGACUUUGUUGAAGAUAACAUGCGAAAUGGUGCAACAGGUUUGGCAUUAUUUUGGUGGCGUUUUGGGCUUGACGUCUGCCAACACUAGCUCGAUCAGGGCGGAGUGCCAUGCGUGGUGGUUGUUGGCGGCUCCAGGUUCGGCGAAGGACUGGUUUGCAAAGCUGGUUCCGUGCUUAAUUCUGUGGUUUCUCUGGUGCUCGUAUAAUCAUGGCCUUUUUGAGGAUACGCCUUUUUCAGCUUUUGGCACUAUCAACAAAAUCAAGCGUGAGCUGCUACUGAUAUAG